AAACCACCCACCUUCCACCUCUUUGUUUAGUUAAUUGAACACUGCAUAAACUCCCAAAAUACUCAUUUGAACUUGUGCUCAAGAAAAGGUUAAAGUGAAGGUUGGAAAGAAAUGGGCAUUAAAUACCCUGGAACAAAUCAGAACACACAUGGGGUUUUGAUUGUUUUCUCUUAAAACUCUAUUUCAGCAUGUGGGUUUCUUUAAAUCUUGGUGGUCACCUCGAUCUCCUUCUCUUAUGUGUGUCCUCUUUUCUGUACUAGAUUGCCUUGCAGGAUUUUGCUUCUGUUUCUGCUACUAUGAUCUCUGGACAGCGAUCCUGUGUUCAAUAUUCUGGUUUUCUUUUCUUUUCAAUUUGUUAAUUAAUUAAUCUUGCGGAUGAUUAUUGGGUUCUGAUUAUAAUAAGAGUUAAUGAAGGGAAGAGAGGUCGCUGUCGUGGAAGGAGGGGUAUUGUAUUGUAUUGUUUGUUAUCCUUGCAAUGGUUUACUUCCGUAUUUGUUGAGUGAUUAAUAUCCAAAGCGGCGGGCCCUUUCCCAUCUUCUGCUUCCUUAAUCAGAUAGUCUUUCUCUGUGCACUUGUCCGUACACAGUAAACCCUAUCCUUCUUUCAAUCUCUCUUUUCUUUCUUUUCUUUUUUUAUUUUUAUAAUCUCUCUCUGUCUUUCUGAAUCUUUCUGCUACCAACAGAGAACUCAAAAACUUCAACUUGCAACUUUUUAAUUUUUUUUAAUAUUUUUGUAGAUUUUUUUUUGGAAGAAAAGAAAAUGAAGAAUAAUCUGAAACUGCAUGUUGAAGAUCUUCAAAAUGUAACAAACCCUACAAGAGGUUUUGAUACUAUGGAUGCCAUGGAGGAAGAACGAGCAAUCGCCGAUGAAGAGAGAGAGAUCUGGCUAGAAAGAGAACAAGACAAUCUGUUAGAUGUGAAUGAUUCUUCAAUCUUCUAUGCUGACUUCCCUCCCCUUCCAGAUUUCCCUUGCAUGUCAGCAUCUUCUUCCUCUUCUUCCACUCCGGCUCCACUCAAGGCUAUGGCCCCUUCAUCAUCUUCUUCUUCGUCCUCGUCUUCAGCAGCUUCUUGGGCUGUUUUGAAGUCAGACGCAGAAGAAGAUGCUGAAAAAAAGAAUUAUGACCAGCAACACUACCAUCAUCAUCAUAGUAAAUAUGAUCAAGUGGAAGCACCCACAGCAGACUUGUCUUCUACUGCAUCGAUGGAUAUGAUGGAGACUUUUGGGUACCUGGAUUUGAUAGAAAACAAUGGUUUCUUAGACCCUCCUUCCAUAUUUCAACCGGCUGAACAUUUCUUGGAUGAGUUUCAGCAGGAGCAAAACGCUCAGCCAGAACAGGAACCACAACAAGGAAAUGAAGAGUUGAUCAUGCAAACCAAAAUUGAGGAGACUCAACAGCAAGGAGCCGCUGCCCCAGAUGAUCUAGCCAUGGUGUUCUUGGAGUGGCUCAAGAGCAACAAGGAGACUGUAUCUGCAGAGGACUUGAGGAAAGUUAAAAUCAAGAAAGCUACCAUAGAGUGUGCUGCUAAGCGAUUAGGUGGUGGUAAAGAAGCUAUGAAGCAAUUGUUGCAACUCAUUCUUGAGUGGGUUAAAAUGAAUCAUCUUCAAAAAAGACGGGUGAAAGAAUCAUCUUCCAAUAAUCUUCCCUACCAAUGCCAAGACCCUCUGCAAAACCCUAGUUCAAACACUAAUCUGAAUUGUAACUCCAUCCCACCAGAUCAAUCAACCCCUUGUUUCGCCCAGUCACCUUGGAUUGCACCCCCACCUUAUGUUGUUGAUCGGGCAACGGUUAUGCCGGGAUUUUCUCCUAUGGUAGGGUAUAUGGGUGACCCGUUUGCUAGUGGCGCUUCAAAUAUGGCUGGCCACUCUUACCUACCAGCACCACCAUCAGAUUAUCACAUGCUUGACUCCGCCCAAUCCUGGCCUUCAUCACAGUUUGCUUUGGCUUCGCCUUACACCACUUUUCCGGACAAUAAUCUCCAAACUGUUCAGGCCCACCAUCCUGUUUUCACCGGAUAUGGAAAUCAAUACCCAUGCCAGUGUCUCCCUGGGCAAGUUGGCGACAGGUUGAUGAGGUUGGGUUCCUCAGCAACCAAAGAGGCAAGGAAGAAGAGAAUGGCUAGACAGAGAAGGUUUUUGUCACAUCACAGGAAUCACAAUCAUCACAACAGCCAACCAAAUCAGAACCACCCAAAUCAGGGUGCAGACCACCAUGCAAGGCUUGGAAAUGAUAAUGUCGCUCCAACAGCUCAACCUAAUCCUGGGAAUUGGGUUUAUUGGCCUGCUGCCGGUGCUGUUUCGAACACGCCAGUUCUCCCUGUGGAUGUACAACCUGCGCAUGUUGUAGAUCGACCAGCCAUGCAACCUCAUCAGAGUCAUCAUCGGCAAGUGGCAUCAGAUAGGCGACAGGGUUGGAAGCCCGAGAAGAACCUGAGGUUUCUUCUCCAGAAAGUGUUAAAACAAAGCGAUGUGGGCAAUCUAGGGAGGAUAGUGUUGCCAAAGAAAGAAGCAGAAACCAACCUUCCAGAACUGGAGGCAAGAGACGGCAUUUCUAUUGCGAUGGAAGAUAUAGGGACUUCUUGUGUUUGGAACAUGCGCUACAGUUUCAGAUUCUGGCCCAACAACAAAAGCAGGAUGUAUCUCCUUGAAAACACCGGAGAUUUUGUGAGAACAAAUGGACUCCAAGAAGGGGAUUUCAUCGUCAUCUACUCAGAUGUCAAGUGUGGCAAAUAUUUGAUCCGAGGAGUGAAGGUAAGGAAACCAGGAUCAAAACCAGAGAACAAGAAGUCAGGAAAAUCGCACAGGAAUCUUCAUGCAAGUUCUCCUGCAGCUGCUCUUAAUGGAUCCUCAUCUACACCCACUAAUCAAGCUUAAACAGUAAAGUUCUUGCCACCACUAGCUCGAACCUUCUCUCUCCUUCAUGCAUGAGAAUGGAUGGACAAGUGUACGGUGAACAUCUUCUAGGGUUGUUGAGUAGGCAAACCCUAGAUUCUCUUCACAAUGCAAUCAGCGAUCACUGUUAAAACCCAGUCAAAAGUAAAAGGUCGCAUAUCACAACUGCCGAGACCAUUUAAGGAAGGUUUUAGGUCUCAUGAUGUAAUUUGAUAUAGAGCACAUAAAAUAUACUAUUAUUAAUGUUAGUAUCAUUUGGGUUUCUGGUUGGGGGUGUGCAUAAUUUGUUGUUCGUAAAUAUACUAUACAAAUGUUGUGCAAUUAUAUAUGCUUGUUAAUUUUUAAUAAAUAGUAUAUGUUUCUGGAAUA